GUAGUCGUCGGAGACUCGGAGCGCGCAAGUAAGCCACAUCAGCUAUACUCGGCUCCCGUCGCCCUGCCGACAUCAGUUAGACAACGGCGAUUUUCGACAGGCACUGGUUGUUCAGCUGGAAGGAAUAUUUCAGUCGAAAGUACCUCAUCCUGGCCAUGAAGGCGAUAAUCCUGGUAUCGUGCCUCUUGGCGGUCGUCCUCUGCGUGUUUGCCGAUGACGAAAGUUCCGCUAAAAAAGGACCGAAGGUUACGCACAAGGUCUGGUUUGACGUGGCGAUUGGAGGUAAAAAAAUUGGUAAAAUAGAAAUCGGUCUGUUUGGAAAAACCGUGCCCAAGACCGUGGAAAACUUUUAUCAACUCGCACUGAAGAAAGAGAAAGGCAAGGGAUACAAGGGCAGUUCGUUCCACAGGGUGAUUAAGAGCUUUAUGAUUCAGGGUGGAGAUUUCACUAAAGGGGAUGGCACAGGUGGUACCAGCAUUUAUGGCGACAGGUUUGAAGAUGAGAAUUUCAAGCUGAAGCACUAUGGGGCUGGUUGGCUUUCAAUGGCUAAUGCAGGAAAAAAUACUAAUGGCUCUCAGUUCUUUAUCACCACUGUAAAAACAACCUGGCUUGAUGGUAGACACGUUGUCUUUGGAAAAGUCAUUAAAGGAAUAGAUGUUGUUAGGAAAAUUGAAUCCACUAAAACUGGUGCAAAUGACAAGCCAGUUGAGCCUGUUACUAUUGAAGACUGCGGUGGCGAGGAACUCGAAGUGCCAUUUAAUGUGGCCAAAGAGGAGUCUAAGGAAUAAACCUGCCAAUAAAUCACCGUGAUAAUUUUUUAUACAAUUUUGCACAAAAUGUUCCACACUUUUUGUAAAGAAAUUCAUUAUAUUAAAUCUAUUUACUAAAAAAAAUAUCUUUUUUUUUUCUCUAUUUCUUUACAAAAUCAAAAGUGAUAUCUUAUCAGACAAGAUAAAUUUAUUUAUAAUACAUAGCAAAUCUGAGUAUGUACAAACUGUAAACUCAGUUGCUUCCCAGUGACAACUUGAAGCCAAUUACUUACUAAUGUAAUAAGAAAGUAACUAUUCACCAUUGCCUUCAAUUGGAGUUCUAUUGGAAGAUAAGAGAGUCUAAAGAUAGGGUGUAUGGGUGCGUUAACGUAAGUAAUCUAAAGCAGUUAAUGUAACUACAAGGGCGCAUUUUACGUAAACGUAUCUAUACUUUUUUUUUUUUAUAUUGUACACACAUACUUUUUAGAGUUUUUACUUAAGCGAUAGUCAACGAACGUCCCCCGGCUGUUUUAUAAAUAUAUGUAUAACUUGGG